GGCACAGCGCGUACAUCGUUCCACGAAGCAUCGGUAAAACAAUGUCGCGGAAUAGAAUGUCGAUCGUUUCGGCGAAAAGUAACAACGCGUGCAACGCGGUCGUUUCGUCCGGCGAGAACGCGUUUCGUGCGUUCCGUUUCACGUGAAUUUCCCCACCGAGAGAAAGAAAAGUACAGUCGUCGCGCGAUCAGGGAACGAAGGGGCGAAGAGUUCGGACGCACGAUCGGGCCGAGAUAACCGGACAGCGGGAAUUCGCGAAAUUCAGGUUUAGAAUCAGAGAGUGAUCUUCGGUCAAUUAAUCGACGGACGCGUCGUGUCCCCUUUGUCGCGAGCAGAUAUGAUUCGAAGCGCUGUAUCGAUCGUCGAUUGCUUCGUUCCUUCGUGAAUCGUUUGGAUCCAUCUAGUGUCGCCGAUCUAUCUAUCGUCGUCUCGUUCGCGAUUCGCGGAACGCACGAUGAAACGCGGCCGAGCAGUCACAGUGUUCGCGAUAAUUUCCGAAAACAACGGGACAAAAGCGAACGGCAAUCGCCCCUGAAUAUGAAAAGGCAAUUGUUCUCGCGUCUCGGCUACCCCCGGAUACCGUUUGAAUACCAAUCGCUCGAUGUUUUCUCAGAUCAAGAAGAUUAAGAGGAUCUCCCAUGAAAAAUGAAAAUUCAGUGUAAAAUGUUGCUCGUUCCCCGACACAUUUCUUUGCUCAAUACCGACGUCAGAUUCGAAGAUACACUCCUCUGAAAGUAAAGGUGAAACCGAAUGGGAUGGGUACGUCGAUGCAAAGCUCGUUUCUCAAACUCAAACAAACACUAUGAAAUACUCGUAAAAACUCGUCGAAUGUUAAUGUCCAAAUGUAAAUUGAUAUUUGCUGUGUAGGAGCGUGCCGCGAGCGAUGAUUAAUUGUCUUUAAUAAUGCGCAACGUAUUUAAUCGUAGCGGUGACGAAUUAGAAACGGACAACGCGUGUUAAUAUCAAUGCGCUCAGGAGUGUGGCAUUCGCUGGGUAUUUAAUUCCGGCGAAUUGGCUUCCCUUCGAAGUGCGUUCGCGUGACAAAUAGCUUGCAGCAUUCGCAGGACAUCGUUCAGCUACACUGCUAAUUGCCUUAAUUGUGGCAAUUGGCAAUCAGUCGGUAUUCCUUAGACACGGAAUAAUGACGGAUUCGCCAAUACCGUCGGUCAGCAACGUUCAGACUUACAGUCACGCCGCGAGCCAAUCUCAAGUUCAAACGCAAACGCAAGAUGACAGGAACGAGAAAACGGAGAAGGUUAUUCUUCUGCAAAUUCAAGAAAUCAACAGCCAAGUGGCGCAGUUCCGCGAUCUGCUGAUAAACAUCGGCCAACCGCGGGACUGUCCGGAACUCCGUGAGAAAAUUCGAAGAUUGAGGCGAAAUUGCGUCGAUGCGUGUAAAAACACAUCCCAGCUCAUACUGCCACAAGUACGAAGAACAACGGAUAUCGGGAUUCCUGUUGACUGUCCAAAUUUGAUGCUGCUCUUUUAUAUCGUGCAAUUAUUCCUGCGCGAGCUCUGCAAAAGCAAGAACCUCAUCCGCAUCGUGCCGAUGGAUAUGACGGAGUAUUAUGAAACUCGAACCGGGCCAUCCAACAUCGGCAACGUGAUCUCGCAGAUAGUUCUCUGUAAGCAGAUCACGCCGGACUUCCACGAGGAAGAAUUGUGCAGCAUCCAAAAGGACUCCGAGGAAAUUCGAGGUUUGAUGAACGAGCUGCAAGAGUUUAUGCCACAAUCGAGUGGCGAUAUAGAAAAGUAUUCAGCCCUACAGAGUGCCGGAAGUAGGGGUAACCGUACCAACGGCAGGCGGACACAUCGAUGGAACCAAAGCACCGAUAGGCCUAGCAGACCCACCAGACAAUCAUCCUACUUUCGCGGAGCUUUGAAUCUCUUUUGUUGUACCGCACGAGCCAACUAUGUUUAAUCGAAUUAACCGUAAUUUGGCCACCAAAUUUCGUUUAAACAUCAAGCCCCUCCACCAAGAAAUGUUUACUAGUUUAAAUACCGGAUUACCCUUCUCGAUUUUCUGUCGGUAAACCUUGCGAUUGAGUCACAAAGUCGAGGGAAAACUUCCCCUAUAUUUUUCAAUUGAAACGACUCUAGUCUCAACUCUAAUCGAUCUUAGGCGAUAAGAAACCUGACACUAAAGCUUUAUUUAGUUCGUAAGUACUGAUCUUUAAAUAUAGAGACAUACUCGGUAUUUUUAUAAAGAAGUUUCAUUUACCGCGAAAUCGUUUAAACGAUUAAAAUUGAAAGAAAUCUGACUCACGAUGCAAUCUCGUCGAAGUUUUGCAUUGUUGAUUGACCAAUCAGUUCCACAAAACGACGAAGGCAAAUCGAUUUCUCGGUGAAUUUUUAUUAGAAUUCCUCCGGUUCUUCGAUCAGAUGGCAGAUGAUAUCUAGUAUUUAAAAAAGAAAGAGAGGUUAAUGUAAGAACAAUCAUUGUAGAUGCCGUUUUAUUCGUGUAACUAUUAAUCCGAACUGUGAUGAACGAGCUCAAAUUUAUCGCUGAUCGGCCAGCGUGUAAGAAACUACGCAUCACGUCGGAAAGUAGGAAAAUAAAAUACCAAUUGAAUUGAAGAACGUUGAUUACAUAUAGUGGACCAAUGUGAACCACGUAUCGCUCGUAUGCAAUGAAAGUGACGCAAUCAAAAGAAUUUAUAUAUUUGAAACUUUAAUCGUAUUAGACUGUGAAAGUAUUCCAUUUUUAUCUAGUUACAAUUACAAAAAUCACGCGCUUGGAUUCUUUCAUUGUUAUUCAUGUGUUAAUAAAAAAAGAAACGUUUCGUGUUUUCAACUUGUGUCAUUUUUUAUAGCAAAUUAGCGAUACGGUUCUGUAAACGGUUCAUUUUAAUGUUAAAUAUAUUAAUAUAUGAAUAUUGAAAAAAGAUAUAUGUAUAUGUGAAAUCUCUCUCUCUCUAUAUAUAUAUAUAUAUAUACAUCUAUUACAUAUACACGUUGCAUUGAAUCGUAUAAAAUUAAAUAUAAUAUAAUGUUGGUUUUUCGACUACGUAUCGAUAAACGAUAGUGAUUAUUAUUGUUUCAUUAAACAUAAUUGACUCUUUUGUCUAGUGGUACGUCGAUAUCUUUUGCAUUUGAUUUCAAUCGUCAAUCAAAAUAUUACAAAAAAAGGAUUCAUGUACGAUACGAGUUAUUGAUCUUUUAGUUAAAAUCUGGAUAUUAAAUAGAAAUCUACAUAAGAACAUAAACAUAUGAAAAGAAGUACAAGACCGUGCAUGACAUUCUAUACGUGAAACAUGAAUAUUAACGUUCAUGUUAUCGAUAUUUUAUCUGUUUGACAAAUCCUUAAAUGUUUGUUUCGCUUGGCGGUAUAAGCUAUUAAACGUUCUGUUCAAAUUCUUUAUCGACCAGAAGUUUCACUGUAUCGUACAUUGUAUCAUAUUCGAAGAACAAUAAAUAAAUUACUGUAUGUUAAAA